ACAGAGCCUUGAGGAGAUACUUAAAGACAGUCGCCUUGGGAAGAAAACAUGCUGCGCGGUCACCCUCCAACACCUUAUUAAAAAUGAUAAAUUAAUUUUUAUUCUUAAUGAUCUCGGGUGAGAACAUUAACAGAACACAAACGCUACAACGAAGAGAAAUAUCAACAUCUGCCUAGCAUGCUAAUCGGCUAACUGCAUUCUGAUGUCCAUUUUCGUUUGUACUGCGUUUAUUUUUCUCCGGGUUUCUUCAUAAAUUGGGAAAAUAUUUGACAUUGUUUCGUUGACGGCCAAAAAGGCUAUCAGACGAUAUUAAAUUUAGUGUCUUUACAAACUUUUAACAUACCAUCUUUACUGCCGUCAUUGGUGGCCAUCUUGAUGCCACGUGAUGAAAACAGCGCCUAACGGACCAAUCAGUGGUUUUAGGACCCGAUGUUUCAGGUAGGCCCGUUGUGACGACACCCGGAAGCAGGAGCUAACAUUGCCGGUGAGGGAUGGCUCAGCAGGCCACAUCAAGGUGGCGCUACAUCCGGGCGUUUGCCAGCGGCCUUUUUGUCGCCGUCCCCAUCACAGUCACUGUCCUGGACCGUGUAGCCUAUGUGGCCAGAGUGGAAGGAGCGUCGAUGCAGCCCUUCUUGAAUCCUGUCAGGAACUAUGAGGUCCAACGAGGCGACAUCGUCUCCAUGCUUUCCCCCAAGAACCCUCAGCAGAAGAUCAUCAAGCGUGUCAUCGGCCUGGAGGGAGACUUUAUAAGAACUCUGCACUACAAGAACAGAUAUGUCCGAGUUCCUGGCGGACAUUUAUGGGUUGAAGGAGACCAUCAUGGACACAGUCUGGACAGUAACAGCUUUGGACCGGUCUCUGUGGGUCUGAUCCACGGUCGAGCCUCCCACAUCAUCUGGCCUCCAAAUCGUUGGCAACAAAUCAAACCAUCUCUGCCACCAAACAGAGGCCCAGUGGACUGUGAGGAGGAGGAGGAGGACGGAUGAAGACACCUCCCCCACCCACCCACGCUUAAUGUUACGGACAAUGAUACAGUUUUCUUUGAAGACUGUGGCUUUCCUUGUAUUUUAUUUUUUGAACUUGAAUCUCAGGAAAAACAAAUUCUGACUCUGACUGAGUGAAUCUCUGACUGUGGUUUCUACUUGAUGCCUCUAUUGGCUCUGUGUUUUCCUGACCUACAGCUCAAACAGCUGUUCUAGUCUUUGCUCUGAGGAACUUUAUAAUAAAAUAGUUUUAAAUCAC